ACGCUUACCAACACCAACCAACCAACGUCUCUGAAACCUCGGGGAAACACUUACAACAGGUGCAUGCUUGUCAUGGACAUCUGUCAUUAUAUCAUUAGCAGUAUGUCACUGCUGGGGCUGGUUGCAAUGACAGAGGAUUGCAUGCCAUUGACAUGUAUGAACUGUAACAGCACCCAAAAUGGCAGCGUAGACAAAGAUUGCAGUGAUAUGUGUAAAAACAACACAUGCAUCAGCGGAGUAAUGCCUAAUUCAACCUGCAUAAAAGAUUUUUCACUGUGGCUGAAUGCCUCGGCUGAAGAGAUCGACGAGGGGGAGGACUUCACAGUCAGCUGUGAGCAUAACCUCACUCUAGACAACAUCAAGGAAUUUAUUUGGCUCCAGGACAAUGUAACUGUACCUUGUAAAAACACAAGCAAGGUGAACAUUAAUGACAAGUUUCCAUGUAAAAAAGCAAGCCAGCUGACCCUUGAUGACCAAUUCCAGAAUUUCAACAUCACCUGCAAAAUAUAUAGUCAAUGUGGUAACUUCACCUCAAACACCCUGACGAUCCAAGUUAAAGCUGACGGCUUAUUGAUCCUGGUGAUUUGUGGAGUGACAGCUGUUGCCCUUCUACUCAUUUUCACUUUGGGCAUGAAGCUCCUUCUCAAGAGGGAUAUUGCUCAGAGCAAGACCAGAAGGAGGCAAAACAACACCAUGGGCCAAACAACAACUACUACCACGUCUGAAUAACACUCACUGGAUCUGCACCUUCCUAUUCCUGAGGUCCAUGGUCCAGCUCUGCGUCUCUUCUCUUAGCCACUGCAGUCCUCUGAGGAGUGGCAGUGGUGUCGGCCUUCCAUCAACACGAAGAGGUCUCUGUCAAGAUUCUCUUUUCUUUAUUGAUGGAAUGAAUGAUUUACACAAUGCUCUUCAUUCUAGUGGUAGUUUGGGGUAGCAGUGAUUUGAGUUAUGGUUUGUACAGGUUUAUUGCUAUUUUUAGUAUUUUUAUUGUUAUUAUCUGCUAAUUGUUUUAAUAUAUUUGUAAUUAGUGCUUAAUGACUAGGCCUACUUUAGACUGUACAUUUUCCUGUUAUGUUUAUUGAUGUCGCUUUGGUCAAAAGCGUCGCAUUACCACAUUGCAUGCAUCCUGUAGCAUUAUUUCCCUGUCCCAUUUUCUUUUGUACAUGUUUUGAAUAUCCCCCUAUUUUUAUGCAUUGCCCCUGGUUUGGAAUGAUCCAGGGACUCAUCACAGAAUAUCCAUUGACUGUGAUGUUCAGGACAUUACAAAGUACAAAUCCAAGCUCCUCCAGCAAGAUAUAGAAACAAGUCAGUAGAGGUAAAACCUGGAGAAAACCUAGGCACUCAUCCGAUAAGAAAGUUAGUUAAAAUGCCUUUAUUUUAUGGGCAAAUCAUGCCACCACUUGGAGGUCCGGGGCCUUUUCAGGCACUUUGAGGCAGUCAGCUAUACCUUGAGAUUUUUACGUUUUUCAUCUAACUAAAAACAUCUAUGCAAAAGUGGCACAUAUGGUUAUAUUCUAGAGGUCCUCCUCAAUAAUUAUAUGAGAGUAAAGUGGAUGUAA